AUGGAAACUCAACCACAGCAACUACCAUAUCGAGGAGCUCCGUUUCCUUCUAAAUGGCGUCGAAAUCAUCCACGAUCUAAAAAUGGCUGCAUGACUUGUCGGUCGAAACGUAAGAAGUGUGAUGAAGCAAAGCCAAUAUGCGGAGGUUGUGUUCGUACCAGACAAGAGUGUGUCUGGCCCACUCCCAACGGGGACCACGGAGAUAGACAACUUGGCUCACAUACUGAGGGUGUCUUGGAAAGCCACUUUUCUCAACCCAAUUCUAGUGCUUGCAUGGUUCGCGCGGUUUCAGAGGACACCACUUCGACGUUAUCCAUACGGAUGGCCCCCACGUAUGGGAAUCUGGCCUAUCUAAGCGACAAUUCAAAACCACUUUAUCAGCAGUAUCUGGAUAUCACGGCCGACAUGCUUACAAGAGGACCGAGUGAAUGUGGAAACCCUUUUGUCAACUAUUUACUCCCAUUGGCUUCCAACAACGAGCUUAUUUUGGAUUGUGUACUCGCUAUUGGAGGAGCUCAUCUCUUGAUCAACAACUCGAAAGUUCGUGGCUUGGAGGUAGCCACAAGAGGUCACUACGCAAAGGUUUUGGCCGGUCUACAGACGUUGAUCUCUUACGAGAUAGGUCAGGUGACCCCUGGCAUGGUCCAACAGACGACAUCGACCAGAACUUCGCAGAUUCUGUUGAUCCUGCAACUGCUCUGUAUCUACGAUCAUAUUCAUGGCAAUACACGAGGUUCAAUCUAUCUUCAUCUCAAAGCAAGUCGCGAAUACAUCACUACACUAACAUCUCCAUGCCAACCCUAUGAUGAGCUUGCCUAUCUGCGAGGUUUCCUCUUGGAGAUGUAUGCAUACCACGCAGUGAAGUUGGCUCUUUCCCCUCGAAACAUGCUUCGGCAAGAAAAUGUGGAAAUCGAUCCUUCUGUACAUUCUCUCGACAUUCUUGAUGGAUAUGAAUCUAGAGGCUUCCUUCUUGGCUUUGGGCAAGCUUUAUUCGAAAUGGUACCACAGAUCCACCAACUUGUCGAGGCGCGCCAAGAAGAGGAAAGGUUGGGUUUGGGAGAGUCUCCAAAGCUGAGAAAGCAAUACGAGUAUCUCGUAGCAAAGAUUGAUGCAUAUGACCCGCACGAAGAAGACCUCAAUAGUCUUCGUCCUGUUGAAGGACGCAUCGGUUCAAUAACCAUUUACCAGAAUGCUCUCAUCGUGUACCUGCACUCAGCAUUUUGCCUGGACAUGCUUUCAGACGCUGAUCUAGCGAUGGAGCUCGAUGAGAGAAUUGGCAAGACAAUGGCUGCCUUUUAUACUCUUUUUGUUGGAAACUCGCCUUUUCGUCGUAUGCUCCUCUGGCCAGGCGUUAUCAUGGCUUCUUGCGCGCAGCUUGAACAACAUAUUAGGGUUUUCCGGGCAGGAUUGGUUGGUAGAGCUGAGCGUACACCUGGAGCUGUCAAGACAGGAGCACGGAUAGUAAAUUUACUCUGGAGUGACCCAGAUCCACGAGCCUUUGGGCCAAGAGGGCUGUCCUACAUCAUGACAAAACACGACAUCAGCUUUGGGUUGUGCUAG